GGUCAGAGCGUCAUCUCGUCACACACGCGCAGCAUCAUGACAACAUUGCGAGCUUUUACAUGCGAUGAUCUGUUCAAAUUCAAUAACAUUAAUCUGGACCCUUUUACUGAGACUUAUGGCAUCCCAUUUUACCUGCAGUAUCUGGCUCACUGGCCUGAGUAUUUUAUAGUAGCAGAAGCUCCGGGCGGUGAACUGAUGGGCUACAUCAUGGGGAAAGCAGAAGGGUCCGUCGCCAGGGAGGAGUGGCACGGUCACGUGACGGCUCUGUCCGUGGCACCAGAGUUCAGACGACUGGGUCUAGCUGCCAAACUCAUGGACAUGUUAGAGGAGAUCUCGGAAAGGAAGGGUGGGUUCUUUGUCGAUCUCUUCGUGCGAGUCUCCAAUCAAGUCGCUGUGAAUAUGUACAAACAGCUUGGCUACAGCGUCUACAGAACGGUUAUAGAAUAUUACUCCGCCAGUAACGGAGAACCAGACGAAGAUGCUUAUGAUAUGAGGAAGGCUUUAUCCAGAGACACAGAGAAGAAAUCUGUAAUCCCUCUUCCUCAUCCUGUCCGACCAGAAGACAUCGAAUAACAUUAACAUGUGACUCCCUGAUUUGAUCACUUGUGGAUAAAAAGAUUUGCUUUCGUCAUGAGAUCAACACUUCAGCUGAGCUCAGUUUCUAUCGCUUGUGUGUCAGAGAGUCACUGCUCUGAAUGAACUUUUCGAAUAGUUUUAUGUUUGGAUAAUAACACAGAAAAUAAAGGAAGUGAGAAUUGUAGUUACAUUUAAUAAAGAGGUCCAAA